GCAGCAAAAGCCUCUUUUAAGAAACGGAAGAAAAAAGAUAGAAAAAUCCGAAAGAAGCAAGUGUUUACAGCAGAUGACCUUCAACCCCUGGAAGAUGAUUCAGCUGAUUUUGGUUCAAGAUCUCGUGGACAAGGGCGACAAGAAGUGCCAGAAGUAAAGCCAGAAGCAGAACAGUCCUGGUACGACACAUCUCAGCCAACAGAUGCAGGCCUGUCCAUGGCUCCAGUAGUUAUUGACUACGGCCAUCAACAUAUUAUACCAGGGCUGGACAUUCCAGUUGUGAAACAAGAAAUCAUGGAGACUGAGCCUGUCAUUGUGCCAGAUGAGG